GGCACGUCAACAGCUAUGGCGGAAGGGGAAGAGGCGCUGCCGCCGCCGGGCAGCUGGAUAAAAGAUCUUGCAGACGCUCUAGAAGAAGGAGGUUGUGAUCUUGAAACUGUGAGAAACAUCAUUCAAGGAAGGCAAUUACCUGCUGAUCUAAGGGCUAAAGUCUGGAUGAUUGCACUUAAUGUUGUAGGAAAGGGGGACAGCCUAGCAUCCUGGGAUGGUUCCUUAGACUUACCUGAGCAGAGUAUAAUUCACAAGGAUUGCCAAGAGCUAAUUGACCAGUUGUCAGUGCCAGAAGAAGAGAAGUCAGUAUUAAUUUUGGAUAUUGAGUCUGUAAUUACUUUUUAUUGUAAAUCACGCAAUGUUAAAUACAAUUCUUGCCUUGGCUGGAUACAUCUCCUCAAACCUCUGGUGCACCUUCAUUUGCCUCGCAGUGAUUUGUACAACUGCUUCUAUGCUAUCAUGAAUAAAUUCAUUCCAAGGGAUUGUUUUAUGAAGGGAAGGCCCUUUCAUCUAUUUAGACUGUUGCUUCAGUACCAUGAACCUGAACUCUGCUCCUUUCUUGAUACCAAGAAGAUGACUCCAGAUUCAUAUGCACUCAACUGGCUUGGAAGCCUCUUCUCCUACUACUGUUCAGCUGAAGUCACUCAGGCAAUAUGGGAUGGAUAUCUACAACAAGCAGAUCCAUUCUUUAUUUAUUUCCUAAUGUUGAUCAUCCUUGUCAAUGCAAAAGACGUUAUCUUAGCACAAGAAUCAGAUAAAGAAGAAAUGAUAAAAUUCUUAGAAACAUCACCAGCCAAUCUCGAUUUAGAGGAUAUAGAAGAUCUUUUCUCUUUGGCACAGUAUUACUGUAGCAAAACUCCAGCUUCUUUCAGGAAGGACAACCACAGUCUUUUUGGCAGCAGCUUGAUGGGCCUCAAAGAUGAUGACACAGACUUGAGCCAGGCUCUCUGUCUAGCAGUUUCUGUGUCCGAGAUUCUGCAAGCAAAUCAGCAACAAGGAGAAGGAGUGAGAUUCUUUGUAGUGGAUUGUCGUCCUGCAGAGCAAUACAAUGCUGGGCAUUUAUCAACAGCAUUUCACUUAGACUCAGAUUUGAUGCUUCAAAACCCAUCAGAAUUUGCACAGUCUGUAAAAUCUCUGUUAGAAGCACAAAAACAAUCUAUUGAGUCUGGCUCCAUAGCUGGUGGGGAACAUCUCUGCUUCAUGGGAAGUGGCAGGGAAGAAGAAGAUAUGUAUAUGAACAUGGUGUUAGCACAUUUCUUACAGAAAAAUAAGGAGUAUGUGAGCAUUGCCAAAGGAGGCUUUAUGGCCCUCCAACAGCACUUAGCAGAUAUCAAUGUAGAAGGACCAGAAAAUGGAUAUGGCCACUGGAUUGCAAGUACCUCAGGCUUAAGAAAUAGCAUAAACUCUGUUGAUGGUGAUUCUCCUAACGGUUCAGGUGAUGGAAAAGGCAUGAAGUCCCUAGUGAAUAAAAUGACGGUUGCUUUGAAGACUAAAUCUGUCAAUGUGAAAGAGAAAGUUAUCAGUUUUAUUGAAAAUACUUCUACUCCAGUGGACAGAAUACCUUUCAAUAUUUCCUGGCCAGACAGACCAAGCCUGGAGCGACAUGUCAGCAGCAGUGACAGAGUAGGAAAACCCUACCGUGGUGUGAAGCCAGUAUUCAGCAUUGGAGAUGAAGAAGAAUAUGAUACUGAUGAAAUUGAUAGUUCCUCAAUGUCAGACGAUGAUCGAAAAGAGGUCGUCAACAUCCAAACAUGGAUUAAUAAACCUGAUGUGAAGUAUAACUUCCCAUGUAAUGAAGUAAAAGAAAAUGGACAUAUGUUUCCCAGUCAUCUCCUAGUAACAGCAACUCAUAUGUACUGUUUGAGAGAGAUUCCAUCACGAAAGGGACUGGCUUACAUACAGUCUCGACAGGCACUCAACUCCGUAGUCAAAAUCACAUCCAAGAAGAAACACCCAGAACUGAUCACCUUUAAGUAUGGAAAUAGCAAUACUUCAGGCAUAGAAAUUCUGGCAGUUGAAAGGUAUUUGAUUCCAAAUGCAGGUGAUGCUACCAAAGCCAUAAAACAACAGAUCAUGAAAGUAUUGGAUGCCUUGGAGAGUUAAUAGCUAAAGACUUUGUAGAGACCAAUUU